AUGGACUCGACCCGUCUCCGUCAGCCGAGACUGGCUACCACUACGACCGUCCCCGUCGAUGCUUCUUGCACGCCCUUCGUCCUCCCCGCAAACGGUAUACUGCAAAUCCCGGGAGCCGACCCGACCACGCUACUCGCCGGCGCCGUGUAUUCCCCCCUCUGUACCGAUACUAUUCAACCCCAACCCGCCAUCAUCGCGAAUGGAGGCUUCGACUUGGACCAGACCGCGUCACCUUCCGAUCCCGAAUUCUCAGACCUCCGUGAUCCCUUCCACGCCUCCAUCUUCCCGCAGUGUUACGCCUUGGCUGCCACUACCGUCCUCGCUUACCUCCUGCUCAUCAUGCUCGUCAUCGCCCCUCGAUCCUUUCUCGACGGCGGCGUCGUUGUUCUCGGCCGCCGCGGCUUCACGAAUGGCCCGACGAACGGGAUCAGCAUCGGCGGCCGUCCGUGGCUGCAGAAAGUGGCGGCUCUCACCGUCGCUAUCUCAUUAACGAUUGCCACAGCCGAUACUUUCCGCGUCGCCGAGGAGCAGUACGCAUGGGGAAUCCAGAACGCGCAGCAGCUCCAGGAGCGAGUCCUAGGCGGGACACAACUAAAGGUCAUCCAACUCAUUUCCGAUACCUUUCUCUGGCUAGCCCAAGCCCAGACCCUGAUACGGCUAUUCCCCCGGCAGCGUGAGAAAGUGAUCAUCAAAUGGACUGCCUUCUCGCUUAUCUCCCUGGACGUCAUCUUCGGCGCCCUCAAUAGCUUCCACUACACCGGUCCCGGCAACACGAGACCACGUAGUUUCACCGAUGCCGUGCCGGCGCUCAGCUAUCUCUUCCAAUUGUCCCUAGGGUUGCUGUACGCUGCCUGGGUGCUCUAUUACUCGCUCAUGAAGAAGCGAUAUGCUUUCUAUCACCCCCUAAUGAAGAACAUCUGCCUGAUGGCCAUACUCUCCAUAAUAUCCAUCCUCGUGCCUGUCGUCUUCUUCGUCCUCGACAUCGCGGAGCCUGAUUUUAUCGGCUGGGGUGACUACGUCAGGUGGGUCGGUGCCGCCGCAGCAAGUGUUGUCGUGUGGGAAUGGGUGGAACGUAUCGAAGCCUUGGAACGCGAGGAGAAGAAGGAUGGCGUCCUUGGCAGGGAAGUCUUUGACGGCGACGAAAUGAUGGAGGUGUCACCCUCAGAUCCUUCGUGGCCGCGCCGGCGAAGGAACAAGAGGAAAAGCAGCGAUGGCGACGACGGCGGAGAAAGUGGCGAGGGUCCCCCGCCUGGCGGCCGGAGUAACAUGUGGCCUGCCAUGUCGUCUAUUGCCAGCCGGUAUCGAUCGAAACCCGAGAAUGGUCCGGAGAGGAGGCGGCAUGCGUCGUCGGUAGGUGGAUCGGCAGCGCGGUUUUUACAGCCUCCGCUGUGGCCUUCUCGGCCGCCUCCGGCAGUUACACCUGUAAGCAGGACGGAGACUGCGAGUGCUGAUAGUACCGUUUACGCGAUUCGGUACCAACCCCUUACGGAGAGUCCUUCGAGGACCACGGAUGAUAGACAGGGACCACCGCUGUCUAGGAGCAACAGUACUGACUCGUCAUCGAGCCCCAUAUCGGAGGCCAACGGACAGUCUGCGGGCUCGCCUCCAUCGCGGCAGCCUUCGUCGGCGCAAAUGGAUGAGAGGAUGGGCGGCGAGGAGAGGAACCAGGGCCGGUGGCACCACUUCAACCUGUUCCACCGGAGUACAAGGGAGCCGCCGGCCGAGGUCCUUCCGCAUACGGUUCCGAAGCAGCCCGAGCCGCAGCUAAAUACCGAUAGCCUAGGUAGAUGGGACCUAAGGGGGCGGAUAGAAAUCUUCGCCGCUACGCAGGCGGAGAGAAUUCUGGAAAAGGUCAAGCCGACGCUUGACACGGAUAGCUUGCCGGUUACCGUCAUACCCGCCCCCCCGCGUCGCGGCGCAGCCCUCACCCAGCUCUUGGAAGAAGAGGAGUCCCAGUCCCAACCCCCGGAUCAGCACGCGGCAGCCUCUGUGCCCCCCCGGCGCGCGGCGAGGAAUCCCGGGAGCACGGCCAGACCAGUCCCACCGUUCCCAAACGGCACCAGAGGCAAUACCACAUCGCCAAAUCCGCCUAGGGCGGCCCUGUCACCGGCGGAAAGAAACGACACGUUUGUUCUUAGGUCAUCUAGCACGCGAGACAGCUCAUCGCCGGGUACCAGGAGCGGCGAUCAACGGGAGAGAACGGGCGGCGAGACGCGGCCGGCGGAUGACAUUAUGCGGGACGAGCCUCCGAACUCGCCGCCAGCUUGA